CUGUGAUUGGUUGCUGUGGGAAAAUCCUUCUAUUUUUCUCUCUCAUACAGUUUGAUAAAUCUGGGCCAAUGAGAACCGAGCUUCUCUUUUCGCAGUCUCCUUCCUGGGUCCUAACGAUAACUACAGUACUUAGAUACCUCCAGGACUUCUGACACGGACAUGUUUCUGAGGCCUCUUCUCAGCAUGUGGCUGGGGUUCUACAUUUUCAUCCUCUGGUCUUUGGUCUCACCUGGUAGAUCUAUUCCUUGUAAUCUUCGUGGCAAACAAGAGGCGACAUUUUCACGGGACGGUGAUCUUAUUAUUGGGGGACAUUUCCCAAUUCACACAUUAUACACCGAUCCUGGUUACUCGUUUACAAAGAGAGACCAUCUUAUAACCUGCGAUGCAUACAGCACCGUAUCCUACACUUGGCUUCAAGCCAUGGUUUAUGCCAUUGAGGAGAUAAAUGCCGAUGAGUUUCUGCUCCCUAACAUCACCCUAGGCUUCCAGUUUUUUGAUACCUGUAUAUACCUGUCCCGGGCUCUCUGGGAGACAUUUAUAUCCUUGACAGGAGAAGACAACCCCAUUCCAAACUAUCAGUGUAAUGAGAAGGUGCCUCUCGCCAUUAUUGGUGACGCUGUAUCACUUAUCUCCGUAGCAAUGGCCACAAUAUUGGGCGUCUACAGGUAUCCCCAGGUCAGCUUUGCAGCAUCUGUAAACUCACUGAGUGAUCGCUUCUUAUUCCCAUCUUUUUUUCGUACCAUUCCCAGUGAUGCCAAGCAGUCAGUAGCCUUGGCCGAAUUGGUUUCCUUCAUGGGCUGGAAGUGGGUUGGGUUGUUGUCUCUAAAUAAUGACUAUGGGAUUCAGGGAUCACAAAUCCUCAAAGAAGAGCUGCAGAAGUUGGGUGUGUGCAUCACUUACCAUGAGACGUUUGGGCAAGGCACGUCCUUGGCAAAACUCCAAUCCAUAGCAAAGGUUAUAGUCCAGUCCUCGGCAAAGGUCAUCAUUCUGUUCUCCCGAGACCCUUACAUCCACCAGCUGAUGGAAUUGCUAUUACAGGAAAAAGAUGUGGAGAGAAUCUGGGUCGCCAGUAAUAACUGGUCAACUUCACCAAUAUUGUCUAUGCCGAGAUACAGUCACUUAUUGGCUGGAACCAUUGGAUUUACAUUACAUGAAGUAGAAAUGUCCGGGUUCAAAGAAUUUCUACUAGGACUUCGAGCAUCUUCUUUACUCCCUCAAGAUAUAUUCAUAAAGGAUUUCUGGGAGAUAGUUCUAGGCUGUCGGUGGCCAAGUGUUGGUUCUAGUGGAGACAAUGAGACUCUGUGGUGCACAGGAGAAGAGAAACUGACAUCAUUCACGAGCAGGCAGUAUGCCAAUAGUAAAUUUGACUUUAGGACCCAAUAUUUUAUAUACAAUGCAGUAUACUCAGUGGCUCAUGCCAUCCAUAAUCUAAUCUACCCCUGUGCUCUGGAUCAGAUGUCCCUCACACAGGAAAAAUGUGAUGAUCUGACCAACUUAAAGCCGUGGCAGGUUUUCCAUCGCCUGAAGCGUGGUUAUAUCAGAAACCGAAUGGGAGAAGAGAUGUUCUUCGAUGUCAAUGGAGAACCCCCAACUGACUACGACCUUCUGAACUGGCACAGGAACUCAGAUGGGGCUAUUAAACUUGUUACAGUCGGACGGUACCGAUUAGGUCAAGCUAAAGAAAACGAGCUGAGCAUCAAUAGCACGGCCAUCCGAUGGAUCACUGGAGGCAAUGAGAUUCCCAGAUCAGUAUGCAGUGAAAGUUGUUCCCCUGGAUUCCGGAAAGCUGCUCAGAAAGGACAACCGAUGUGCUGCUAUGACUGUGUCCCUUGUGCAGAUGGUGAAAUAUCCAACCAAACAGAUUCAAGCAACUGUUUCCCAUGUACAGAAGAGACGUUGCCCAAUGCCAACAAAACCAUUUGCCUUCCUAAAGAAAUUGAAUAUUUGUCAUACGGGGAACCACUUGGAAUCACAAUAAUUUUCACCGCAAUCUUCUUCUCCUUCACCACCAUUGGGGUUUUGUUCAUAUUCGUCAAGUACAAAGACACGGCCAUUGUGAAAGCCAAUAACAGUGAUCUUAGCUACGGCCUCCUCGCCUCACUGUCCUUGAGUUUCCUCUGCUCUCUUCUCUUCAUUGGAGAACCAAAAAGAUUAACCUGUCUCUUGCGUCAAACAGCUUUUGGUGUAAUAUUUGUUAUUUGUGUUUCUUGUAUAUUUGCUAAGACUCUGAUGGUUGUUAUCGCUUUUCGAGCAACCAAACCUGGAAGCAAUAUGAGAAAAUGGCUGGGACCCAAAGUUCCGGCUGUGGUCAUUGUAAUCUGUACCUCCAUACAGGUCUUCAUCUGUGUCUCAUGGAUUCGGCUUUGUCCUCCAUUCCCAGAGAAGAACUAUAAGAUAAAGGCUGAGGUCAUCAUCUAUCAGUGCAAUGAAUGUUCAGAUGUGUUCUUGUGGUCCAUGCUCGGGUACAUGGCAUUUCUUGCUUGUGUCAGUUUUCUAUUUGCUUUUCUGGCCAGGAACCUUCCAGACACUUUCAAUGAAGCCAAGUGGAUCACUUUUUCCAUGUUGAUCUUCUUAAGUGUCUGGAUCUCCUUUGUCCCAGCCUAUCUCAGCACCCAGGGAAAGUUCAUGGUGGCCGUUGAGGUAUUUGGAAUCAUUUCCUCCAGUGCUGGGAUCUUAAGUUGUUUCUUUUUCCCCAAGUGUUAUAUUAUAUUAUUUCGACCUGAUCUCAACACCCGUGGGAGCCUCCUGGGUAAAACUCCCACCCAGAAGAUCUCGAUUUCAUAGAAUAUGGGAGAACAAACACUAAAUGUAUUUUGCAUAUAAUAGCCAUAGAGAUUUAAAAAUGUAUGAGACAUAUUCGGGGACUAAAGAAGUCCUGGUUCUCCAGUGUAUUGGGCUUCCUCUUUAUUGUUUACAUAGGCACAGCAUUGUAUGUAUGGUACAUACUCGAAUAUGACAGAACUGUUGUAUGAGGCACAACUGUCCAUAUGGACAAGUUGUCACAUGAAGGGUGCAUGUCUCCUUCAUUGUACUGAUCCAUAGGGAUACCGAAGGAACAUUAGCCCUCCCUGUCUAAAGGAUUUGUCCAUAGAGUAGAAAAGGUCCUACCUGUCCUUCUCUCUGCCACUUAUAUCUGCCUCUCGCCCAUAUCAGAGGUAUGCCUUCCAAAACAAGAAGGGAUGGGUGCCAGUCACGAUCAUCAAUGUUGCAGUAUAAUCAACUAUUAGAUGUGUGUGGAAGUGGUUUCCCCAGAACACAGUUAGAAAUGCUUUAAAGUUGUCAGAAUUAUGGUCAACGGAAAAAUAUCAACAGCGAGUGUGACCUUUAUAAAUUGCUAAACAUAUGGAAAAACAGUGCAAUUCAUACAAUUUGGGCCUAACAUAAAAAGAAAUCAAUCAAAAAUCUUAAGUUCUUUAUAUUGAGUCAUUAUAUUAAGUUGUUUCAACAAAUAAAACACAGAUUAGGUAUUUAAGCAAAAAUAUACAGUUUAUUGUGAUACAAUAAAAAAGAUAUAUAAUAAAUGUCAGUGUGGUGCAAAUAAGCUAAAUAUGCAACAAUAAUUAAUCCAUACCAAAAUUAAACACAAUAUGGCUAAUAAAG